AUGGGUCCGGGCACUGUGGUUGUACUCACCGACCGACGAAUCGUCAAGCAACUACUGGACAAGAAAGCUUCGACCUCGAGCAACCGGCCUGUGUCGUUGGUCACGCAGAAUCUCAUUACCGAGGGAGACCAUAUGCUGAUGAUGGAUAACACACCGAGAUGGCGCUUAAUGAGGAAGCUGAUCCAUCAAGACUUGACCGAAUCUCUUUGCGACAGGGAGCACAGCAAGCUGCACCAAGCUGAAAGUGUCCAAUUACUCUACGAUAUGCUCCAUAAUCCAGAUGACUGGGUUUUCCAUCUCAAGAGGUACAGCAAUAGUAUCAUUAUGUGUAUCGUGUACGGAAUUCGAACGCCAUCCAUUGAGGCUCCCUGGACGCAGAAACUCAACGAGAUCGUCGAGCUAUGGGCAAGGAUAAAUGAAUUUGGCGCAACUCCUCCAGUGGAUCUAUUUCCGUUCCUCAAGUGGAUUCCCGAGCGAUUCUUGGGGAAUUGGUUGACUCGAUCGAAAGUUGUACAUGACGAAGUCCACAGUCUAUAUGGAGGGCUUCUUAAGGCUGUCGAAACACGAAGAGCGACGACUGGAUCUGUCUAUUGUAUUGCAGAUCGAAUUCUGGAUCAAAAUGAGAAAAGCGGCUUGACUAAUCACAAUGUGAUGCUGCUUGCUGGUGUCACACUCAAGGGAGGCUCCGACACUACGGCUUCAACUUUGGCUUCCUUCGUACAGGCAAUGCUCGCUUUCCCGGAGGUGCAGAAGAAGGCACAGGCGGAAAUUGAUGCGGUUGUGGGUGAGACUCGAAUUCCAGUUUGGUCCGACUACGACGGUAUGCCGUACGUUGCAGCUGUUGUUAAAGAGACAAUGAGAUGGCGACCCACCGCGCCUUUAGGAUUCCCACAUGCGCUGUCCGAAGAUGAGUGGGUGGACGGCAAGUUACUCCCAAAAGGCACGGUUGUGUUUGUCAAUGUCUGGGGUCUACAUCACGAUGAGACGAAGUUCCCAGAUCCCGAUACUUUCGACCCCGAUCAUUACAAAGGACGAAUAGCAUUGUCAUCCGAAUAUGCGAACUCUGCCGACUAUGAGAAUCGCGACCAUUACGGAUUCGGCAAUGGUCGUCGCCUGUGCCCAGGUAUUCACCUCGCAGACAGAAAUCUGUGGCAUGCCAUUUCCAAGCUGCUCUGGGCUUUCAAUUUUGAGAAGAAAAUCGACCCACAGACUGGCAAGCUGGUUGCUCUCGACACCACCGUCGAGACAGGUUAUAGAGAGGGGCUCACAAUGUGUCCCUAUGAGUUCCCAUGCAAGACUACAAUCAGAUCAGAAAUGAGAAGACAGGUCAUCUUGAAGGAUCUGAAAGAGGCGCAGACAAACUUCUUCCCACAGUAUGAGAAGGUGGAUUUGUUCAUGCCGAAGAAACAAUGA